UGCUAAGAAAAAAAAAAAAAAAAAAACGUCAAAAUAAGAAUCAGCAGCAUUCAAAUCUUCAACACCUUUCAUCGUUUCUUCUCAUAUUGCGCUACUUCCGCUUUGGUUUACGUUUUUACCAUCAUCACCGGCCAUCCAUGAACGUUCUAGUAUACACAGGGGAUGGCACUUCCCCUAAUUCCGUCUCUCACACUGUGUCUACCCUGAAGUCGCUAUUGGGUCACUCCUACGAUAUCAUCAAAGUCGAUGCACAGGCCCUCGACAAAGAACCGUGGGAAGCUACUUGCUCUAUGCUUGUCAUGCCAGGUGGUCGAGAUCUUCCAUACUGCCAUGAUCUGAAUGGCCCUGUCAAUGCACGCAUUCGCCACUAUGUAUCGGAAGGUGGUCGUUACUGGGGCAUUUGUGCAGGUGCUUAUUAUGGUUGUCAAGAAAUUGAAUUUGAAAAAGGCAGAAACGCAAUGGAAGUCAUCGGCAAGCGCGAACUGGCUUUCUUUCCUGGUUUGUCUCGAGGCACCAUGUAUCCAGGGUUUAUUUACAAUAGCGAACGAGGCGCUCGUGCCACAAAGCUGUCAAUUGACAGAAAUAAGCUGAUGAACCUGUACGCAAACAACGACGCCGUACCAUCUGAAAUCGACACUUAUUACAAUGGUGGUGGUUACUUCGUCAAUGCCGAUCAAUACGAAUCCGUUGAAGUGUUGGCGCGCUACACUGAGAAAGGAAUCUGCCAAGACGAGGAAUACCCUGCAGCUGUUGUUCACUGUCGGGUGGGUAAAGGCAGCGCCAUCCUGGUUGGUACUCACCCAGAAUACGACGUGGCCAGGAUGAAAGACAACUUUGACGAUUAUGAAGGUACUGAUAUGAUCCAAAAUCUGAUGUUGGCCGAUCCGUCGAGAAAACAGUUCCUGAGAGCUUUGUUCGCCCGUGUUGGACUCAACGUCGUUGGCUAUACGAAACCCGUUCAGGAGGAUGCCAAACCUCAGCUACAGGAAAAUCACGUUCCUGCUUUGACUCCGCUGUACCUAUCGGGCUUUCGACUUUCACAAUACGAAGAGGUUGUUGCAAAACUGAGGUCCACCGCGGACGCGUCUUUCCACCUUCGUGAUGUCAAUGAUACCUUUUGCAUCAAGUCACUGCCUAAUGAACCAGCCGUCGAUUUGGGUACCCUUAACUUGAAUGAAACGGAUGAUGAACCACAAGAAAAAAAAAUCAAAGAUAUUCUUGUAAUAGAUAAGCCAAGUAUAGAACCUGUAUGUCCACCUGGGUACCUCACCAAGUACUUCAAUAUUGCCAACUUUUAUGAACAUCUCAAGAAACACCGAUCUCAACAGUGGGGAGGUGGUGGUUGGUUCUCAUAUGGCAACACCAUGCUUUAUGGAGAGGUAGUGACCAGCACGCAAACAAUGCUAGACAAAAAUUUUAAAUUCAGCCAAAUAUUACCCUCGGGUUUGGUGUGCCUGGCAACUAACCAGGUAGCAGGACGUGGUCGAGGACGUAACGCUUGGGUAUCUCAAUCUGGAGCUGUUCAGUUCUCCAUGGUGAUGCAUCACUCCAUUACGCUCUCCAAUGCCCCCGUUGUGUUCAUCCAAUACCUGGUGGCCUUGGCGGUAGUUGAAAGUAUCCGCACUCGCAAGGGGUACGAAAAUGUACCAUUGAGACUCAAGUGGCCCAAUGAUAUUUAUGCGCAGGUUCAAGAGAAAAGUGAGAGAGGUGAACCCACGACGGUACUCAAGAAAGUCGGUGGAUUGCUGGUCAAUUCUAGUUUCUUGAAAAACGAGUUUUUGCUUGUUGUUGGCUGCGGAAUCAACCUGAACAACCCAUUCCCGACCACUUCCAUCAAUGAUGUAAUACAUGCCCAUGAUGCAUCCUUACCCAAGUUAACUCCAGAAGAUACCCUAGCUGGCAUCCUUGUCACGUUUGAAGAAAUGUACAAUACGUUCUGUGACAAGGGCAUGGGAUCAUGGUUUUUGAACAAGUAUUAUGAGCGAUGGCUGCAUAGUAAUGCAAUCGUAACCUUAACUACGCAUGAUAUGGAACAAGUCAAGAUUACGGGCAUUACUACCGACUAUGGGCUUCUUGAAACUGUGAGCACUAGUAACCCUAGCAAGCGGUUUACGCUUCAACCCGAUGGAAAUAGUUUUGAUAUGCUGAAGGGAUUAAUUGUACGCAAAGAGUAGACUUUUUUAAAAUAGAUACUGUGAAUACAACGAAUUGGCCGCACAAUGGAAGGAUGGGACGUUUCGUGCGGGUGGCUUGGAUAAGAGUCAGCCA